AUGGCUAAGGAAAAGACCUGGUUAGAAGGAAAUUGUCCGUCCUGGUGUGACAAGCAUUUUGUGGAUCACAAGUUAGCAAGAACUGAAGCUGGGAGAACUUUUAGUGCAACCGUAUUGGAUAAUCGGUUCUGGAAUGAAUGUUACCAAGUUGUGAAGAUUGUGUCUCCGCUUAUGAGACUUUUGAGGAUUGUUGAUUCAGAUGAAAAACCUUCAUUACCUUAUGUCUUUGAGGGGAUGCAAAGGGCUAAAAAUGGAAUCAAGGACAUCUUUCAUAGGAAUAAGGAGCUAUACAAACCUUAUACUAGAAUUAUUCAAGCUCGAUGGGAUAGGUAUUUGAAGCAAAAACUUCAUGCAGCAGCUUAUAUGUUGAAUCCUGCGUUCUUGUAUAAUCCAAGUUUGAUCAAAAAGAACAGAUUGCAAAAACAUUUGAUUGAUGUCUUUGAGUCAUUCUCUAAUGAAAAUCUUGACUAUUGCACGAUGAUGCAGCAAGUGUUUAUUUAUAAAGAUCGUAAGGACUCUUUUGAUAGAUUUUCAUGUGAAAAAGCAUCUCAAAAACUAGAUCAUCAUCAAUGGUGGUCAUUCUAUGGGAGUUCUAUUCCGGAAUUGCAACAAGUUGCAAUCCGUAUUCUUAGCCAAACGUCUACUUCUUCUGGUUGCGAAAGAAAUUGGAGCUUAUUUGAGCGGAUUCACACCAAAAGAAGAAAUAGAUUGGAACAUGAAAGGCUAAAUGAUCUAGUUUUUACAAACUACAAUCUGAGAUUGAAGGAUAGGGAUAUCUUGAACAAGAAGAAGACAAGUUAUGAUCCUGUUGAUUAUGAAUCAAUUGAUAAAGUUGAAUUUUGGGUGGUUGAAGAUCCAACUCCUGAAUUUGAUAAUCUAGAUGUAAUGAAUCUUGAAAGAGUUGCCACCAGUGAAGAUAUCGCAACUGCAUCAACCUUGGGGAACGAGAGGCAUGAUAAAGGUGAUGAAGAUAUACAUAUUGUUGAGCCUCCAUCUUUGAAUGAUGAUGAUAUUGCUCCAAGUUGUUUUGCCGGUCCUUUGACAGCUUCACGACCUCCUCCUAGUGUCUCAAUGCCCAUAGAUUUAAAUGAAGUUAAUGAUGACUUUGGUGUUGAUAAUUAUUAG